AUGUUUUAUUUAAGUGACUACAGAAGCAUUUCUAACCAAAUAAAACCUAUUAUAACAAAUAUUGACAAGAAUGUUUUUACGUUAACGAUAACUAAUGAAAACAAUAGGAUAAAUUCUGAAAACGAGAUCUUAAGAGCAGCAAAACCUCUCAUCUAUGUUGUGUCUCUUUUCGGCCAGCAGACCGUGAGGUUCUUUAAAAACGAAGCCAGCAAGGUUAAGGCAGUAUUAAAAUUGUACAGUUUACUUUUAAUUGCUGCAAUAAUUUCAUUGGCAGUAUUAUUACCACCAAUCAGUUGGAGCGAUACUAGAGAUGACCCACCGUUGAAUAUAUUAACUAAAACGUACGUAUGUCUGCAAGUGAUAGAGGUUGUAUAUUCGAUCUGCAUCAUAUCCAUCUGGAACAAUGGAACGUACGUGGAACUAUUCAAAAAAUUAAACAACGUGGAUGAACAUUACGGUAUUGGAAAGAAGGUGUUUCUUAAACGCCGCUUUACAGUUAUCCUUUUAAUAUUCUUGCCAACUCUGCAGGUAUCUUUAACAUCGUGGCUAAGAAAGUUUCACAUAAAUAAUCUAAUGACACAGUUAACAUUCACUAUUUUAGUGCUACAGGGAAUGUUUUGCAUUUAUAUCUUGCUGAACAUGUAUCUACAUCUCUUGAUUCUUAAUUCAAUUCUAAUAAAUAAAAUAACCAAAAUGCCCUUCGGUCGGAAAUUUAUUUUUCAGGAUCUUUUGUUCAACAAAUUAGUUAAAAAAAUAUUUCUUAAUAAUCAUCAAAUGCAUAAAAAUUAUUGCUGGUACGAGAUUAUGAAAAUAUAUGAUAAAAUUUCUGACUGUUUUAGUCUGUUCAAUCAAAUUUACUCAGAACAGGUGCUGAUAAUGUUUAAUACUUGGCUACUAAGUACGAUACUAGCAAUUUGUAGAGUGAUAUCACCAACCAUAAAAUAUUCCCAAGUUUACAAAAGCGACAUUCUACGGUAUUCAUCGAUAAGUUUUCGACCGCUAAUGCUAGUAAAAUUUAGCGAGAUUUUCAUACAAGAGAGAAAGAAAACUAUGAUGAUUAUUUUGCAUAUCAUGGCACACGAAGAUCUAGAUGCCGAUUACUUUAAACAGGUGCAAACAAUGGCUGAUCUAGUGAGGACAAAGAAACUGGAGAUAUCUGCUAACGUGUUUACAGUGCACAUACCUAUUGUUUUAAACUUCGCAGGUCGCGCAAUCUCCUACAUUGUUCUAAUGAUACAAUAUUUCUAUAUGCAUGUGGUUACCUCUUCUUAG